GUUGCUAACAACUCAGGCUAAUGGGCGCCUGCUGUUUAUCCUGAGAGGUUCACUGGGUUUUUACUCUUCAAACUAUCAACUGUGGAGCCCAGUGUAACCAUGCCUCGCGGAAGAUCAGCCACAAGUGCCCACUCAGACAGCAGUGAGAUGGAUAUUGAUGGUACAGCAGAAUCAGAGAUAGCCAAACUGCAAAGACAGUUCAGGAUCAUGGAAGGAGAUCGACAGGCCUACAACAUUCAGGCCCGGGAGCAGAUCCGCAAACAACAGCAGGAGAUGGACAAGCUGCUGAAGGAGCAGGAGGAGCUGCAUCGAAACCUUGGUGUAUGUAAGAGCUUGUCCCACCAACAGCGGGACAGUGAGGACGCCAAGAGUCUUCGUGCUCUGCUGGAGCAGAGAGACAUGCUUGAGGACAAACUAGUGAAAGAGAAGCAGUGUCAAAAAGAACUAGAAAGAGAGAUCUCAAACAUAGAGUUGAAGCUGGCAGAGCUGAGGAAAGGGGAGGUCAGUAUUAGUGACACACAAAGGUCUGAGGUACGACAGACCCAGAAGGCCAUACGCACACUGGAAUACAAACUGGACAGAGCUUUGACCCGCUUCAAUGAACAGCUGACCAAAAACAGCCACCUGAGAGAGGAGUUGCAGACGCUUCAUAUUGAGCGUGUCCGUUUCCAGCAACUGCACAACAGGCUGGACAAGGAACUGCAGGAGGUCCGCAAGAAGAUCGGGGAAAGUGUCAACCUGUCCAAUGCUGCAUAUGAUGCUAGGGUGGAGGCUCAGUCCAAAAUGACAAUGAUGAGGGAGAAGGCGGUGAAGGACCUUUCCCAGUACAAUGCUGAGAUGAAGGAACUUGAAAGGGUUAUUGCACAUGAGUGUAGUCUGAAAGAGUUUAUGACCACCAAGUGCAGCGAGAGGAGCGGACAGGAUGACAGCCAUGAAACGGGACACAGACAAUUGUCAGAGGUGAAGGAGCAGCGGAGGACGGACUCUGGGGAAGAGUCGCUGGAUGUUCUCAAGGAGGUUUUUGAGAGGAUCCAGGCAAUGACAGGAGAGGACAACCUGGACAUGCUGGUCACCAGGUUCAUCCAGGUUGAAGACCGGAAAUUUGCACUCUUCAAUUUUGUUAAUGAGCAAAACAAUGAGGCUGAAGCGCUGAGGGAUCAUAUCAGUCAGAUCCAAGAAGAGAUGGAACAGUUUCGAGUGAAAGGUUUGCAGCAGGAGCACAAUCAUCGCUCUUUGCUGAGAGACAUUGAUGAACAACAAAAGGAAACUGAAUGCCAAGCGGAGGACUAUGAAAAUCAAGCCAGCAUUAUAAGCAAAAUCCUGGACGAGAUUAAAACAGGAGUGAACAGCAUCUUCUCUAAAAUGGAGUGUGACCACUCAGUGAUAGAGGACAUGCUGGGCUCCUCAACAGGGAUUAGUGAGAACAACAUCAUGUCCUAUCUGGGCCUGGUGGAACAGAAGACUAAUGAGCUGCUCACCAUACAAGCUUUCCUCGAUUCUAAAGAUCUGGAAAAGGACUACAAUCCAAAAGACCUGGCCAAAUUCCUUUUGGGUCAAAAUCCAGAGCUGCUUCAGCAGAAUAUCAGUAUCCAACCUGCAGUCAACAGUGCAGAGUAUGAUGAAGAAGAGUCUGUUGUUACUGAUGAGGAAGAACGGCCGCUGUCACAAGGGGAACUUCGCAGAAGAAUAAUGAAAGCGGUUCUGCAGAAAGAGAGUUCAGUCCAGCAAGCAGUGACCAAAGCCUCAAAGAUCAAUCAGCAGUUCGAUGGCCAACGACACUCUCUGGAAGAUGCACUGAUCUGACACAUUGACCUGAUCAAUGUAGUUAAUGCGGAUCCUCAUCCCUGCCGUCAUUAUCUGCUGUUCAAGGGCCUGCGUUCAUUGUUUACCAUAAUCUAGAUCAAUGGAGACCGUGACCGCUGACGGAACCAGCUUGAAACCAUGCAGCUUGCACACACAAACAUUUAAAGCUUAAUUAUGUUAUGUGUAUGUCACCUUUUAUGAUGAAUCAUUGGCAUUGCCUGCUACAUUAUAUCUUGGUGUGAUUUGUUUAGUUGGAGCUAAUUAGAUUUGGCGCUAUAAAGAUGCCUUUUCAGACUCUGGUAACCAGCUGUCCUUUUGAUGUGUGACUUGCCAUCUGGUUUUGACUAUACAAUCUGGUCACAGUACAGCUCUCCAUCACUGGCAGCGUUUCAUUACAUGGUACUUGCUGCUAUGCUCAAACGAAAAGGUUGGGGGCAGCAGAACCUUUUGUAAUUCUAACCGGCGCGCUGGGACCUUGAUUCUGAGUUUCCGAAAAGGAGGUGAGGGGCUUUUAAGCACUUCACUGUACACAUUGAUUUUAAACACAUUUUUGUUGGUGGAAUAAUGAUGAUUAUUCUGUGAAUCACACACAUUUAUUCA